CUCUCUCUCUGUGUCUAAACAUGUCUCUUAAAUAGUGAUUGCACACAAUUACUUGCAUUCAUCUUCAACAUAUAUAAAAGUUGUAAGAAUUUGACGUCUAAAUCAAUCAAGAUGGAAGCUGUGGAUCAUUUUGAGGCUGAGAAGAAGGUGCAAGAAUUUGACGAAACCAAAGCUGGUGCCAAAGGACUUGUCGACUCUGGAGUGACCAAGAUCCCAAGACUGUUCGUACACCCUCCAGAUCUAUUGCAACAAAACAACAACGAUCGUCAUCUCGGAGUUCCAAUUAUUGAUCUCAAAGGCAUUGAUCAGAGCACCGCGAGGCGUAAAGAAGUCAUCAGUGAGAUAAGCAAAGCAGCUGAGGCAUGGGGAUUCUUCCAGAUAGUGAACCAUGGAGUUCCAUAUGAUGUUAUCGAGGAGGUGCUGAAAAGUGUUCGACGAUUUCACGAGCAGCCCCGUGAAGCCAAGGCCGAGUGGUACUCGCGCGAUUUCAAGAACAAGGCAUUCAACAACUUCUGCAACGCAGAUUUGAAAGUGUCGACUCCAGCUGGUUGGAGGGACACUAUCUCCUGGCAGCUGCCGCAGUUCCGAGCAGAUGAAAGUAACUCUCAAGCACUGCCUGAUGUCUGCAGAAGGGAAUUUGUCGAGUACAGUAGACACAUGACUCUGUUGAAAGAGAAGCUCUCCAUUUUGUUGUCCGAAGCUUUAGGUCUGAGCAAGGACUACCUUUCAAGCCUAGGGUGCUUUAAAUCGGCAACACUGAUUGGUCACUAUUACCCGGUUUGCCCAGAGCCCCAUCUAACUUUAGGUACAAGCAAGCACUCGGACCUCUCCUUUCUCACUCUGCUCCUUCAAGACGGUGUCGGUGGCCUCCAAGUGCUUCAUCAAAAUGUUUGGGUGGAUGUGCCACCACUGCAAGGAGCUCUGGUAGCAAAUCUUGGUGACUUGAUGCAGAUCACUAGUAAUGACAAGUUCAAGAGUGUAGAGCACAGAGUUUUGGCAACCAGCACCGCGGUGCCUCGGACAUCAGUCGCGUGUUUUUUCAAUGUCGACGACAAGCUCAAACCGUAUGGCCCGAUCAAGGAGCUUCUUUCCGAAACCAAUCCCGCAAUUUACAGAGACAAUAUCAGUUUUGGAGAAUACCUAAAGUAUUAUAGGCUCAAGGGGCAAGAUGGAAACUCUUCUCUACCUCAUUUUAGACUCGUGCAUUGA